AUGUUUAAAUCUAACUUGAGGAAACCUGUAAAUUUAAAGUCGGAAGAAUUAAAAGGAGGAAAUAAAAAAGAAGAAAAUAAUUAUUUAAAUAAUUCGUUAAAUCUGAGAAAUAAUUCAAUUGAAAAUAUUUCCAAAAUAUUCAAUUCAAUUGACGAAAAUAACAAUUUAACUGUUACUAAAUUAAAUAAUGAACAAAAAAGUACUGAAAAAAUAUUUAAUAAACUAACAACGGUUACUUUACAACUAACAACAAAAAUAUCAAGAUUGGAUGAAGCUACAACAACAGGGAUGAAUGGGAGAGAUUUGUUGAAUAUUUCUACCUCUAUAACAGAAACAUCAAAACAUAAAACAUCAGGCACUCCAAAGAUAUCAAAUCAGUCGACGACAUCGGCAUCUCCAAGCAAUAAAGAACUUACCAAGUUAGAAAAUUAA